ACACGUAACGCCUCAACAUCACAUGAAAACAGACACACAGUCCAUCAGCGCUAGUCUUUGACUCUCACCGUGAGAUGAGCAAUGAACUUAGUGUUUAACUCUACACCAAUAGAAGAGAGCAGCAUUAGCAGUAUUACUGGAGAUUUGAGUUUAAGAAAGUCUUUUGAGGAACUGCAGAGUAUCACACUGAUUUUCUGAACUCAACCCGAGAAGAAAUGAAGCUCCUACGAACAGUUUCUGUGUUUCUGAUGAUGGUGAGCAGUUCAGAGUGUGUGGACAUUACAGUGACGGGAACAGAAGGAGAACAAGCAAUUAUUAAGUGUCCUUAUGCUAAAGGAUAUGAAAAAUCCUACAAAUACUUCCAGAAAGGAACUUACAAACAGAACAUCAUUUUAAUACAGUCUAAUGGAGGAGUGUCGUCAGUGUUUGACGGCAGAUUCUGGCUGCGUGAUGAUCAUCGGAUGAGAACAUUUACAGUGAUCAUCAGAAACCUGAGUUUGGCAGAUGCUGGACUGUACGGCUGUAGAGCUGGAUGGGGAGAAUAUAAACUAAUCAAGCUGCAUGUGAUCAGAGCUCCACAGAAAGCAAUACCGGUCCAGAUCUCAACCAGCACCCUUCGCCCGUAUACAAACACCAGCACUGACCACAGCAGCACAGUGACUCAUCAAACAGAAGGUGAAACGACAAGAACAACGACAGGAAACACAGCAGUUAAUCUCAAUCAGCCAAACACUAAUCUGGCUUCUGUUGCUGUUGGUCUGGGUUCGGUUCUGCUGGUUCUGGUUCUGUGUUCUGGAACGUUCCUCAUCCUGAAAAAGAGGAAAAGGAAAUCUGGGACAGCUUUAUUUCAGCAAAAUGUGCCACACAACACAGAGAUUGCGCGUAUGUAUGAGGAGAUUCCAAACAGUGAUGACAUCACCACAGCAUCUUCGUCCAAUCAGACGCCUGCAUCACAUCAUAGCACCCGCCCACAAGUCUGUACUGUUUAUGCCACAGUAACCAAUCAGCAGCCAAAUCCCCGUCACACCCACUCGACCAAUCAGGUGACGAAUACAGACUGGGAUUAUUAUGCCAAUAUUAAGUUUCCUGUGCCAGCAACAGACAGAAGAACAGAACUGAUCUACACAACAGCAACACAUCCGCAAAACAUCAAGACAAAAAUAUUCAGUGAUCAAACAUAAUUAAAAAAGACUGUCAAAACUUCUUCCACAGACACUUGCUCUGAUGUUACAAGACAUGAAGGAAAUUUAACCGUACAAUCUUAUUUUUAAUUAUCAAUAUUUUUAGCAGUAUUUUGUAAACUGUAUCAUAUUACUAACAA